AGAACAAUGGGAAGGGAGCAAGAUAGCAGCUCCCGAAUCAACAACAAUGUUUAGAAGAAUUAGACGAGCAUUACUUAGCGUGUGCUCUUGUCGGAGGAAGCAAAAAGGAAGCGUUGAAAUAGUUCAACCUUUGCAGCUUCCAAAAAUAUCCGAUGUUCCAGAGGAGAAACCCGAGAAACUUCCAGAUGAUCAGAUCUAUGCAGCUGAUCCAGAGUUAGGGAAUGGAAACACCGUAAGCCUACAGGAGCCUAAGGAUUCUGAAAAGAAGAUGGAGAUCAAGUUUUUCAUUUCUUCUAGUGACUCCGAAAGUAGCAGUGAACCUACUCCUAACGUGUCUCAAGAAGCAGACAAUGAAGAAUCUGGAAAUGGGGAAAAAGAUGAAAAAGUAGAAUAUGAGGAAACAGACAACGAAGAAGAAGAGAGUGAGGAAACAGAAAGUGAUACUUUAGAAAGUGAGGAAACCGUGUAUUAUACUGCAGAAAAUGAAGAAAUGGAAAGGGAUGAAAUGCAGUAUUGUACAGCAGAGAAUGAGGAAAUAGAAAGUGAUAGUUCAGAAAGUGAGGAAACAGACAAUGAAAAAGAAACAGAUAGUGAGGAAACAGACAAUGAGAAAGAAACAGAUAGUGAGGAAGAAGAAAGUGAAACACUAGAAAACGAGGAAGAAGAAGAAAGUGAAGAAUCACAAGAAUCACAAAAUGAGAAAACAGCCAGUGAAAAAGUGGAAAAUGAGGAAAAAGAAACAAGUAAAACAGAGAGUGACCGAGCAGAAUCAACUAAAAUGUUUCGAAGAAUUCGACGAGGAUUGACCAACGCGUUCUCGUGUCGGAGGAAGCAGAAAGGAAGCGUUGAAAUUGUUCAACCUUUGCAGCUUCCAGAGGAGAAACCGGAGGAACUUCCAGGCUCUCAGACAGUUGAAGAUGCAGUAAAUGAUUCAGAUAGCUACGUGUCAAGUUAUGUAAAGAGUUAUAGUUCAGAAAGUUCCAUGGCAUCAUGGGAGGCAGUACUGCAAAGACCCAGGUUGACAGCAGUUUGGGAGUAUGAUAUCAAGCGUAUAAUAGGCUAUGGAAAUUUUAAUUUAACAACGAUAUUCAAGGCAGUACACAAACCUACAAACACAACUGUCGCUAUCAAAGCUAUGAGAAAGGAUACAUUAAGACCCCAUGUAAUUGAAUGGAUAAAACAAGAGAGGGAAAUCCUUGAAGCAGUAAAAAGGGUCGAAUACCACCCGUUCUGUGUUGGCCUAUUUGCAGCAUUUCAGUCUGAGUUUCACCUUUGUUUGGCAAUGGACUAUUGUCCCGUAGGCGACUUAAGGCAAUUUGUAAGAAGAUGUUCCAUGUCACGAAAGAGAUCGGCAUUUUAUGCAGCUUGUAUCAUCUCAGGUUUGGAGUUUCUGCACUUCAGGGGCAUUAUGCAUCGAGAUAUAAAGCCAGAAAAUAUAUUAAUGGACUGGGAUGGAUACGUGAAGAUAUCUGAUUAUGGGGUCGCUGCCAGAUUUACAAGCUGGGAUCCCUUUGCUGCGAACAUAUGUGGAACCCUUUGGUAUAUGGCCCCUGAUCUAUUCGGACCAAAGAGCUACACAAAAAUCGUGGACUUUUGGUCAUUAGGAGUGAUGAUUUACGAAAUGCGUCUCGGCAAGCGUCCAUUCACAGGGGGAUCUAUACGAAGAACAGUUAUUAACAUCAGGACUACUGAGCCCAAAUAUCCGAAAAAACUUGGGGCGCCUUCCACCGAGAUAAUAAAAAGUCUCCUGAUGAAAGAUCCACAAAAACGACUAGGAAACAAUGAAAAUCAGCUUAAUGAUUUAAAAGGAAUGGCUUUCUUUAAGGGCUUAGACUUUAGAGCCCUUCAUCAAAAACAAAUAAAGCCACCGUUCAUUCCAAGACAGAAUCCACUGAGAUGCUUUAGGAUAAUGUGUCGGCCGUGUAACAAGAUCAGAAGAAUGUCAGAUGGAGGAUUUCAUUCUACUGUUGCGCAACACAUUUUCCAAGAGAUAUUUGCAGAGUUUAAUUGUCCUGUCAACCUUAAGUUCACACAACCAGAAGAAAACGAUGAACAACCAAAAGUGGAUAAGGAUGGAUGGAUACUAUAAAAGAGGAAUCGUGUUAGGAGUUAUACGGAAUUAGUAAUAGAUAGUAAUCAAGUUGGUAUCGCUCUAACCUAUCACUGGCAUGUUUUGUUUAAAACCCUCCAUUACCCCCCUCAGCCUAUUGUUACCUAUAUUCCGAGGCACGUGUAGCUCUCCAUGUGCCUCAGUAUCAAUGGGCUGUGGGUGGCGGUGCAAUGCGGCACAAUGAUCAGGCACUGGUAGAAAAUGUUCUCCAGCCUUUCCUUGCAUUGCAAUAACCCCCUCAUCUGAGCCUAAAGAUGAAACACCAAAAGGGGGUGGGUGUGUGGGCGGGGGAGGGUUUUAAACAAAAAAAACCUCUGGUGAUAGAUGUAAGUGAUACUGACAUCAUGUCUAUCUAUGAAAAAAAACGUGUUUUGGAUCCUUGGGUGAAGAUUUUUUACAGAAGAUGGAGCUGAUGCCUUGAGUGUAUGGACAAAGUCAAUCGGCUUCUUGAAUGGGUAAGUUUUUAUUUCUACCAUAUUUUAUGUGUACGGGUAUGAGAUCCUGUAUCUGGAAAGCAGAAAUUUCCAAAUUCCAUGAACGCCAUCUGCCAUGAAGUUCACUUUCAGCAAAUAAUUCUGAUUUUUAGAAAUGAUUUCCUUUUUAUCUGUAAAAAUGAAACAGUGCCUUGUACUUAAUGGUAACAUUAACAUACAGGGUCCAUUUGAUUGCAGUUAAAAUUGUGUGAACAUUUUGCCAACACAGAGUAUGGGAGUCACAUUGCGGGAAAGGAUUCACAAUCAUAAAUCCGCUAUUAGGGAGGUCAUCAACGACCUACCCAUUCUAAAAAAAAUUUGGCACUUCAAAAACACAGCUUCCUACAGUUCAGAUACAUGGCCAUUGGCUAACUAGCAGGCAGUAGUGCUUGGUACAGACAUUACAUUUAGUUUUUUGGCAGUGAUCAGAACAUUUAACCCAUUUAAUCCUUUGCUCUUUGAACUAUGACUGAUCAUAUUACUUGCGCUGAAUAGUAAAAUGUUUUACAGGUAUUUUCAUCUAACAUUAUAAUCUAUUACUGGCACACGUGGACUGAUGAAAGAUAUUAACCCAACUGUCAAAGAACCAAAUACAUUGCCAUAUCAAGCACGGAUAUAUUUUUGAAUAAUUUGUUUUUUAUUCCUUAACAGAGCCAAAAAGAAGAGCUUGUAUUGAUGCCAUGGGAUGAAGACCUGCAGAUCCAGGAGGAUGAAUCCCCAGUUAAAAAAACACUGAAAUCGGACUGUAUGGAGCACUGAGGGCCUCUCCCCACUGCUCCAUAUAGGAGUCUAAGGGGCUGAUUUACUAAUCCACUAAUCCGAAUGAGAAAAAUUCGGAUUGGAA